GGUCCGCGAGAUCACGUUGACGUCUGUCGCCAUUUCCUCGCGACGGAGGGUUCCGCUUCUCUCGUUCUCUCGGAGCAAUGGCGGAGGGGAAUGGGGAAAUAAAAAUGGAAGAGAAGCAGCAGAAGGAGGAGAUGGAAUAUUCGGAGAGGACGGAGGACUUUGCAAAACUUAUAGAGUAUGGACUCGACGAAAAAGUUGCAACUAAACUCGACGAGAUAUAUAAGACGGGAAAGCUUGCUCAUGCCGAUUUGGACGAGAGAGCGCUCGACGCCUUGAAGGAGUUUCCAGCCGAUGGUGCAUUGAUCGUGCUCACGCAAUUUCUGGAGUCCAAUCUGGAGCACGUAUCUAAUAAAUCUGCGUAUCUUUGUGGUGUCAUGAAGACGUAUAGGCAAAAGAGCCGUGCUGGACAAGGUACCACCAGUGCUAGCACGACACCUAAAGCACCCGACGAAGAUAAAAUCAAGAUGAUACUCGAAAGGACUGGUUAUACUUUAGAUGUAACGACAGGACAAAGAAAAUAUGGAGGACCUCCUCCAAAUUGGGAAGGUCCUAAUCCAGGAACUGGAUGUGAGGUGUUUUGUGGAAAAAUCCCAAAAGAUAUGUACGAAGAUGAGUUAAUUCCGUUAUUUGAAAGGUGUGGAAAAAUUUGGGAUUUGAGGCUGAUGAUGGACCCAAUGACGGGUACCAACAGAGGAUAUGCUUUUAUCACUUUCACUGAUAGGGAAGCAGCACAACUUGCAGUCAGAGAGCUCGAUAAUCACGAAAUAAAACCCGGCAAGAGUCUGAAAGUAAACAUUAGCGUUCCUAAUCUACGACUUUUCGUGGGGAACAUACCAAAGUCAAAAGGCAAAGAGGAGAUCUUGGAGGAAUUUGGUAAAUUAGCAGCGGGCCUGACCGAGGUGAUCAUCUACAGCUCGCCUGAUGACAAGAAGAAGAACCGAGGAUUCUGCUUCCUGGAGUAUGAUUCCCACAAGGCGGCCUCCCUGGCCAAACGGAGGCUGGGCACAGGCAGGACCAAAGUCUGGGGAUGCGACAUCAUUGUCGACUGGGCUGAUCCCCAGGAAGAGCCUGACGAGCAGACCAUGUCCAAAGUGAGAGUGCUGUAUGUAAGAAACCUCACGCAAGACUGCACCGAGGAGAAGCUGAAGGAACAGUUCGAGCAGUACGGGAAGGUCGAGAGAGUGAAGAAGAUCAAGGAUUACGCUUUUAUACAUUUCGAGGAUAGGGCUAACGCCGUCAAGGCGAUGAACGAGUUGAAUGGAAAAGAGAUGGGCGGGUCCCAUAUCGAAGUGUCCCUCGCGAAACCUCCGUCCGACAAGAAGAAGAAGGAAGAGAUGCUGCGAGCCAGAGAACGUAGAAUGAUGCAGAUUAUGCAAGGCCGUGGCGGAGGGUCCCCGUCACAUCCUAGCAUGAUGGGAGGCCCCAUGCCAGUCCGCGGGCCUGGACAAGGACCCCGUGGCACUGGCGCGGGCAUGCGAGGACAUAUGGGACGCGGUGAUUAUG